AGCUCUGAGGCGGAGCAGAAGGGGGCUCCGUUGGCCGCCAUUUUCCUGCGGCCGCCCGCUGGACGUGUGAGGCUCCGGCCGGGGCAGGCGAGCGGCGGAAGCGGCUGGGCGCGGAGGAGGAAGAGGAGGGAAGGGCCCUUCCCGGGUGACCGGCCCGGCUCUUCCGGAGGGCGGAACGCCGGGGCUCGGCGGCGGUGUGGGGUCCAGCCGGGGCCGCCCUCUCCUCGCCUGCUCUUUCCAUUCCGCUCGGUCAGCGUCGGCGGCUCUCGGAGACGGGCGUCAUGUCUGGGCAGAGCCUGACGGACCGCAUCACGGCGGCGCAGCACAGCGUGACCGGCUCGGCCGUCUCCAAGACCGUCUGCAAGGCCACCACGCACGAGGUGAUGGGCCCCAAGAAGAAGCACCUGGACUAUUUAAUACAGUGCACAAAUGAGAUGAACGUGAAUAUCCCGCAGUUGGCAGAUAGCUUGUUUGAAAGGACAACAAACAGUAGCUGGGUGGUGGUAUUCAAGUCACUCAUCACAACUCACCAUCUAAUGGUGUACGGCAAUGAGCGUUUCAUCCAGUAUCUGGCUUCCAGAAACACAUUGUUUAACUUGAGCAAUUUCUUGGACAAAAGCGGAUUGCAAGGGUAUGAUAUGUCAACAUUUAUCCGGCGGUAUAGCAGGUAUCUGAACGAAAAAGCGGUUUCUUAUAGACAAGUAGCAUUUGACUUCACAAAAGUAAAAAGGGGGGCUGAUGGAGUAAUGAGAACAAUGAACACAGAGAAACUCUUAAAAACUGUCCCCAUUAUACAAAACCAAAUGGAUGCGCUUCUUGAUUUCAAUGUCAACAGCAAUGAACUUACAAAUGGCGUAAUUAACGCUGCCUUCAUGCUUCUCUUCAAAGAUGCCAUUAGACUCUUUGCAGCAUAUAAUGAAGGGAUUAUUAACCUGCUGGAAAAAUACUUUGACAUGAAAAAGAAUCAAUGCAAAGAAGGUCUUGACAUAUAUAAGAAGUUCCUGACUAGAAUGACAAGGAUUUCAGAGUUUCUCAAAGUUGCAGAGCAAGUGGGGAUAGACAGAGGAGACAUACCAGAUCUUUCUCAGGCACCAAGCAGUCUUCUGGAUGCUCUGGAACAGCACUUAGCGUCCUUGGAAGGGAAGAAAAUCAAAGAUUCCACUGCUGCAAGCAGGGCUACCACCCUUUCCAAUGCAGUCUCUUCCCUUGCAAGCACUGGCCUGUCACUCACCAAAGUAGACGAAAGGGAAAAACAAGCCGCGUUAGAAGAAGAGCAGGCACGUUUAAAAGCUUUAAAGGAACAACGUCUAAAAGAACUUGCAAAGAAACCUCAUACCUCCUUAACGACGGCCUCCUCGCCAGUGUCCAAUACAGCAGGAAGCAUAAUGACUACACCAGCCAUUGACAUUUUUUCUACACCUAGCUCUUCAAACAACACCUCAAAGUUGCCAAAUGACCUGCUUGAUCUGCAGCCAACAUUUCAUCCAUCUGUGCAUCCUAUAUCCUCUGCGCCCCAAGUAGGAGGGACCUGGGGAGAUCCUUUCACUUCUACCGCUGAUGCUGUUGACGAAGCCAUUCCAAGCCUAAAUCCUUUCCUCGCAAAAUCUAGCGACCAUCUCUCUGUCUCCUCUGAUGUACCUACUUUCACUUCUAGGACACCUACUCAUGAGAUGUUUGUUGAUUCUUUUUGUGGUCCACAAGCUUAUCCUAAUGCUUCCCAUUUCCGCAGUGAGCCCUCAACUGUAGCUGGUCUAUUUGGAGGCUUCACUCCAUCUCCUGUUGCCCAGCCCUCUGCAGGCCUUAACGUUGACUUUGAGUCUGUGUUUGGAACCAAAACUUCAAAUGUGCCAGUGGAUUCUUGUGGGUUUGAUGAAUUAGGCGGACUCCUAAAACCAACAGUGGCUUCUCAGAACCAGAAUCUUCCAGCUUCCAAAGCACCUCCUAACAAAUUAGUAUCAGAUGAUUUGGAUUCGUCUUUAGCCAAUCUUGUAGGCAAUUUGGGAAUUGGAAAUGGAACAACGAAAAAUGAUGUAAAUUGGACACAGCCAGGAGAGAAGAAGCUAACGGGAGGCACCAACUGGCAGCCCAAAGUUGCACCGACAACAGCGUGGAAUGCUCCAACAAUGAAUGGCAUGCAUUUUCCACAAUACGCACCACCUGUAAUGGCCUAUCCUGCCACAACGCCAACCGGAGUGAUGGGCUAUGGAAUGCCAUCCCAAAUGGGAGGAGUACCAGUAAUGACACAGCCAACCUUAAUAUACAGCCAACCUGUCAUGAGACCUCCAAAUCCUUUUGGUCCUGUAUCAGGAGCCCAGAUACAGUUCAUGUAACCGUGCCAGAUGGAGGGGUGAGAACAGUUCCAGAAAGACCACGUGCUCAGCAGCCAGCCCUUCCUUCCAGCCGCUUGAAAACCGAUGACUCUUAAACUCUCCUCUUCUGUUAGUCCAAUCCAAUAAAAUUGCAAAAGGCCCACAAGAGUGGCGGAGGCACCACUCUAGGAAAGCCACUGAGUAUAAAGCCAAGAAUUGCCACAAUUUUGGUGUAGGAUCUUUUUUUCUCCCCCCCCCCCCCCACCCACUGGUGACUUAACAUGUUGGUAAGUUUUCUUGCCACCUCUUUUAAUAACCACAAUUGAGAAAACACACACACACACACACAAAAAGAAGCAUCUUAUUCCACUAAGAAGGGUAAAAACGUGCGCCUGGAGCUGAUGUUUGGAUCAAAGAGCUGAGCAUCCUAUUACUGUUAAUUCCAGUGACUUUUCUCUAGGGGAUCAAAUCCUAACUCUAAUUCUACAGCUUUUCUCCUUCAGUCAACACAAAUAUUAGACUCAAUAAUGAAAGUUUUAACUUUUUAAAAAAACAAAGAAUUAUAUAUUCCGUUUGCAUAGACAUUCCUUUAUGUAUUAUUUGUAUUUAUUUAUGGUUAUCAAUUUAAGUAACAAUGUUAUCGCAAAGCCUCCUUGGUGGAGAAAAAUGUGUGGAUGUAUACGGUAUGUCUCCUCCUGGGGUUUUUUUGUUCUGUCCACAAGAAUGAUUCAGAGUGCAUCUUCACCCACCGAUACGCACCCAAACACACAGAGCACCGAGUACGUUCCUGGGUCUGAAAACACGAACGGUCAAACCUCCCUGGGAAUCCGAGGUCUCAUUUUAACGAACUGUUGGUUCUGAUAAGGAUUUUGGGCAAGGGGGGAGCAGCUGUGACCUGCUUGGAGGAGCGCAGGAUUGCUCAGCCAGGCGCCAGCGCUUCAGAAGAGAACUUUUCCUUGCUUUGUGCUUGGCAUGUAAUUAUCUUACACUUGAUAUACGGCCUUUCCAAAAUGAAUGUGAGGAAUUGCUUUCACUUUAAAGACUUUCCUUCUUCUCUGUACAAACACUUCUGAGGUAUUACGGGGGGAGGGUGUGUGUGAAAGAAUGCCUUGACUCUUUUCUUCAUUUGGCUAGUGCCGUGCCCAUGAUCAUGUACUGUGGAAUAGAUUAAAGUCUCAAAAGGGAAGUGGCAUCUUGAAGGGAACAUUCAUCGGGAAGUUCCCCUGCGCAGUUCUCCUGCUGAAUGGUGGGGGUGGGGCUUGGCGCAGGAGCCCUUCCUGGUGCUCCUUAAUUGUGUAGGUAUCCUAGUUUUCUGCAGAAUUUGAAGCAGCGCUGUUGAUCGGUGCUUUGUGUAAAUACAUCAUUCCAGUUUGGAUGGCAAACGGGGCCUUAAGAAGGAUAGUCGAAGGCAUGAAAGCAAUUCUGUACAUGAACUAAGCAUACUUGCUGCAUUGUCUCCGCAGAUUCUAUUUUUGUUUAAAAUGUUGAAAUGUAUGUUAGCAAAAAAGGGUGGAUUUUCAAAUAAAAUGCAGCUUCCACAAACUUUUUGUUAUGGUA